UCCAAAUUUCUCCCUGUCCUCGACCUCUUAUCCUGCCGGCUGGUCGACACACUUUGGAAUUCCGGGGUUUUACCCGAAUUCCGGAAACGUGCACGCUCCACCUCAUGUGUCCCUUUUCACCGGAAGAAACCUCCCGAUAUCAAGACUUCAAUGAAACCAUGUCCUUCUACCAGAACCACAACGUCUCGAUCAAAUUCGGUUCGGAUUCGGAAGAUAAAAACCCACCUCAACAUAUUUCCUCCUUAUUCACGAAAACCCUCCAAUUCCGUCGCCUCACUCUAAAUCCGAUCCGAAUCGGUGGACCAGCCGAGCUCGAGCUACUGCUGGGAAUCCUAUCCAGUUCAAGGGACCUUUUAGAAGAAUUGUCCCUGGGUUUGGGCACCUUUGCGGUUUCCAGGGAGGAAUCGUCACAACUGCUGCGGGAUUAUUGGACCCAUAAAUUUCCGAAAAUGACGCGUCUCUCGCUCUCCAGCCAGAACCAGGAUCAAGACGGAACUGAUACAUUUUUUACCGGAAUCCUCCCAGUAUUUCCGGCCCUGCAGAAUCUUACCGUUUCUGGGAAUCUACUCCCUCUUCUAUUUUCCAACAAGGAUUCAGCCAAAACUAUGUCCAGCAUCACCAAGCUAACUCUGGCCUCCAGCCCGAUCCCCCUAAAACCGGACGAGUUACACCCCUUACUCCUCCUCCCCACCGGUCAACUUUCCAAAUUAACUCUUAACUCCAUCCAAUCCCCGGAUGGAGCCAUGUCCGACUUGUAUUUCCUCCUCUCCCGUCAAUCCGCCACCUUAACGGAACUUACCCUCCAAAUCCACCACCACUUUUCAGGAUUUCUUCUAUUCCCGAGCUUUCCUGCCCUGAAAAAAUUCUCAUUUUCCAUGCAGCAUGGCGACGUCGAGAUUUAUUUUAUAAAACCCGGCUUUUCCACCGCCACUCCGGGGCAACAAGUGGGACUAAUUCUAGCGAAAAAUUAUUAUGGCGGGAUCGACUACGGGUAUCAUUUCCCAAAAUUGGAAAGUUUCCGAUGUGACGCGUUGGGAGGGACGUGGUCAGCGACAUGUUUUAAGGCCUGGUUUCCGUACGAUUUUCGAAAUCCGGCCUACGUUUGUAAGACUGUAAAAUAUUUUGAGUUUAUGGAACACGAUACGAAAGAGAGAUUGAGAGAGGGGAAAAUAGCGGAUAAGUACACCCGACUUCCACGCCUUUUUCCGAAUGCGAGUAAUGAGUAUGUUCAGUUAAUUAAGAAGUGCAGCCCUUAAGUAAUUACUAAUUC